AUGAAGAAAGGAGUUAUUAUAGGAAUUUCACUAUUUAUUUCAGUUAUAGUGUUUUGUUGUUUACUUGCCUUAGUCAUUGGACUUGCAGUCGGAUUAUCAAAGAAUAAAGAUAACAAUGAAACAAUAAUCAAUUUUUCAAAAACAGAGGGUUUUCUUGGAAAUCCAUUAAAGGGGUUUGGGAUGUGGUAUGGAAGUGGAAAUACAGCAAAGUUACCUUUAAGUAUACAAUAUGUACGAUUAGAAUUAAAUAAGGUAUUAGUUGGAGAAAACACUGUUAAUUUAGAUUAUCUUGAUUCGAUUUUAGAACGAAUAAAAGAAAUGAAAACACAAGCAGUUAUUCGUCUUGUUUUAGAUUCACCAAGUGAAAGUAGUUUUGUUCCAACAUACAUUCAAAAUAAAAUUGAGAUGUAUGAUUAUAAUGGUGCUUCAGGAGCAGGUAAAUCACCAAAUUAUAAUGAUGAAUAUUUAUUAACACAAUUAGAAUAUUUAUUCAAAGAAUUAGGUAAGAAAUUUGAUGGAGAUCCUCGUAUUGGAUUUUGGCAGCUUGGCACUUAUGGACAUUGGGGAGAAUGGCAUACAACAUAUAUUACUGAUACAUCAAAAAAACCAACUGAUGAAACAUUAGAUAGAAUUAUGGAUAUGGCAUUAAAUAAUUUCAGAGUUACAAUGUGUGAAGUACGAGUUCCUGAAACACGGUCACAAACAAGAGGAAUUGGAUUUUAUCAUGACAUGUUUGGUAAUAGUGAUCAUGAUGUUUAUAUGGAUAGUCUUAUCAAUAGGUAUAAUGUUACUGAUCGUUGGAAAACUUUUAGUUUUGGUGGAGAAGAAGAUCCAACACAACAAUCAACUCGUUUUGAAUCAGACACAAAAACACAAAAAUUCCUUAAUGACACUGUUCAUUAUCAUGCUUCUUGGGUAUUAUCUAAUUGGUUUUUUGGAAGAACUCAAGACUGGAUACAAACUCAUUCUGAAUGGGUUGAAAGAAGAAAUAAAGCAGAAAGAUUAUUAGGAUAUAAUUAUUAUGCCACAGAAGGUUCAAUCAUUAAAAAUAGUAAUUCUAUUGAAAUUAAAAUAACAAUUACUAAUGAUGGAGUUGCUCCAUUUUAUUAUCAUUGGAAAAUUCAUUAUGGAUUAAUAGACCCAAUAACUUUUGAAGUUCAACGAGAAGAAGAAUCAACAAAUGAUAUUUAUGGAAUUCUUCCUUUAACAAAUAAAUCGUUUAGUUAUACUCUAAAUAAAAUUGAUGAAUCACAAUCAAAUCUGACUGUUGCUUUAAGAAUACCAUCUGGAGUAAAUUCUCAUCUUUUAUUAUCUAAUACUCAACAAAGAGAAGAUGGUUGGUUAUUAUUCAACUAA